UUGACCUCUCAUUUUCUUGGCUUUUCUCGGGUGAUUUCAACGCGAUGGAGAUAGUCCACGAGUACACGAAACCCCGCAGGGACUUUGGCCGUCAAUGUCUCUUCUCUGACCGGUCAGCGGAGCUGCUCGCGGACGUUCCUCCGGACCCGAACCUAGCGCAGCAGUUCAUGCCGAAAAGCAGCAGGGUCCAGGCGCUGCAGUGCUCCCGUGACAUGUCCGAGCACCAGGUGAACACAGAGAGGUUUGAAUCAGAGAGCUGUGGAAUAAACCAUGUGGAAGGAGGGUGGCCCAAAGACAUCAACCCACAAGAGAUGGAACAAACUAUUCGCUUCAGGAAGAAGGUGGAAAAGGAUGAGGGCUACUUGAACAGCAUCAUGCAUCUAGGCGGUAUUAUAGGGCACUGUGUUGGACAGAACAACGCAGUGGACAUCUAUCAGAAGUACUUUGAGAACGAAGAACUGCAGGAUGAAAUUCAGGAACCACCAUCUGCUAAAACCAUCAAUGUGUUCAGGGAUCCAAACCAGGUGAAGCGUACCGUCAGCUGUUUGUCAUGGCACCCUGAUGGAGGCAGGAAGCUGGCGGCUGCCUACUCGUGUCUGGAGUUCCAAAAAGCGUCCGCAGACAUGAGCACGGAUGCGUACAUCUGGGAUAUCGAGAAUCCCAACAAACCUGAGAUGACGCUGAAGCCGGCGUCUCCACUUAUCUGUCUGGACUACAACCCCAAAGACUCACACACUCUAGUCGGCGGGAGCUACAAUGGACAGAUCGUGUUCUGGGACACCCGUAAAGGCAGCCAUCCAACCGAUGUUUCCUCUUUGGAGCACAGUCACAGGGACCCUGUCUAUAAAACCAUCUGGUUACAAUCCAAGACCGGGACAGAAGCCUUCUCUGCCUCCACGGAUGGACAGGUUCUAUGGUGGGACGUCCGCAGGCUGAGCGAGCCCACAGAGCAACUGGUUCUGGACCUAGGUCGAGAAGGGAACCUGGACCGGGCCUUAGGGGGCAUCUCUCUGGAGUUUGAAGCUACCAUGCCGACCAAGUUCAUGGUGGGGACCGAGCAGGGCAUUGUUGUGUCCUGUAACAGGAAGGCAAAGAGUCCAGCUGAGAAGAUCGUCUGUACCUAUGACGGUCACCAUGGACCUGUGUACGCCCUACAGAGAAACCCUUUCUUCCCCAAAAACUUCCUCACCGUUGGGGACUGGAGGGCUCGCAUCUGGUCCGAGGACAUCAAGGAGUCGUCCAUCAUGUGGACCAGGUACCAGAUGUCGUACCUGACAGAUGCCUGCUGGAGUCCCGUGAGACCCUCAGUCUUCUUCACCGUGAAGACGGAUGGCGUGCUCGACAUCUGGGACGUCUUGUUCAAGCAGAACGACCCCACGCUGAGUGUCAAAGUGUGUGACGAAGCUCUGUACAGCCUGCGGGUGCAUGAGAACGGACGCCUGGUGGCUUGUGGCUCUCAGCAGGGCGCUGCUACAAUACUGGAGCUCUGCGCAGGACUCUCCUGCCUCCAGAAGAACGAGAAGAGCCUCAUGGCUGAGAUGUUCGAGCGUGAGGCAAAGCGCGAGAAGAUCCUGGAGGCUCGUCAGAAGGAGAUGCGACUGAAGGAGAGGAGUCGUUCCGAGCAGAGCCGCGAAGACGAGGCGGGCCGGGACGCGGCGGACCGAGAGGAAACACCCGAGCAGCUGAUCGCCAAAGCAGAGCAAGACUUCUUCGCUAUGGUGGAGGCUGAGAAGAAACGGCGGAAGGAGAGGGAGGAAGAAAAGCAACAGCUCAGCUCAUAGAUGGCAGUCAAAGAGAAUCCAAAGGCCAAAUGUUGGGCUCACCCUAGUGUGAAGCUCAGCCAUCACUGCAUUCAAUAACUCAUGAAUCAUCUUAUUCUUAUGGGAGAAUUGUAAGUUUAUCAGCUUAGCUGGGAAAUCUAUAUCUUGUCUGAUAUUGUCUAUCUAGUAAUAUAAACACCAUGUGCUGUUUUUAUUGUUGGCUUUAAUUAGUGUAGGUUUUCAUACUUGUGACUAACUAUACAUGGGCUUAUGUUUUAUCUUCUGUCAACACUACAAAAUUAAUUGUUGUUUUUUUUUACAUAUAUAUGCAUAUAUUUAAUAUAUGAGUUAAUUAUAGUUUUGUAUAGUUUUUUACAGUGUGAAUUAAGUGAAUUGACACCACUCGUACGGUAUGUAAUAUAGACAGGACCAGCAUGCACCCGGGUGGACCUGAGAGUUAAUCCUGUUGCUUAUGUGCUUGCCUGUCAAUGAAGCACAAACAACACAUUUUCUCAUGUUAACCCGACCCAAUGUGAAGUGACAUUCCACUAAAGGUAGUUGUGUAUUUGGUAGGGGUGGGCGAUACCGCAAAUGUCUGUAUUGAUCCAAUACCAAGUGACUACAGGGGGCCAAUAUUGCCAAUGUGAUACUUCGUUGAAAUUUUUCAAGAUCAUGAAAUGAUUUUGCCUUUAAUUUGCUGAUCAUGGCUAUAAUCAGAACAAAACACGUGAUACUGAUACAAACCUUGUUAUCUACACUAUCGAUAUUUGGAUCCUUCCGCCCGCUUGUAGAAUUGUCAUGGUGCCAUUGAACGUCACUGCGGCUCCCGCAGCGAUGAUAUCACAAAACGUUUAUGUAAUUAAGGUAAGCUGUAAUGUCUCUUAAAAACUGCUAAAAUUUUACGAAUGAAUUAAUUUUUACGAUUAAUGUGCACGUAACUUGGUUUGGGCGUACACGCAAUGAAUAUGUCCCCUAUUUAAAUUAAUUUCUCACUACAAUAGCCCCACCUUGCAAAAGUCAUAAGCUACGGAAUGUGUUUAAGUGUUCGGCGAUACAUAUUGUGAUCCAGGUUGUUGAAUUUGUGUGUCACUUGUUGUAGAUAAAAGCGUUUGGAAUAAUUGCAAACUGUCAUUUGGUCUGCCAUAGUUGUUAUUGUCACGUGCUGUCCAAUUCACGCAGCCAUUGGUUGGUGAUGGAAAUUUGGCUUCCUGUCAAACUACUUUGACAGGGUUGGGUGAUACUGCCAAUUUUGGUAUAAAUCCGAUAUCAACUAACUGCAGGGCCGGCAUGGCCGAUACUGAUACAGAUACUUUUGACUUUAAUUUGUUUUUAUAUCCUUUAAUGUUUUGUGUUUUUUGCCUUUUAAUUUGUUCAUUAUGAUUGUAAUCAGAGUAAAACACAAGAUAAACAAAUAAAAAAAAUCUCAUCAACUAGCUUAUUUGUAAACAAUAAUACAACAAUAUUGAAGCGUCGCUGGGAGCACUUCCUGUUUCCCAGCAUGCUUUGCGGUACUGUUUUGGCGCAAAUGCUCUUAAAGUUACAUGUUUGAGCUACAUAGUUGUUAGUUAUUGUCGUGCGCAAAUAGCGGUCUCCAAAGUAGUUAGUUAUUGUCGUACGCAAAUAGCGGUAGUGUCUUCUCUGUUUUUGUCUAUGUGCUGUGUUAUGCUUUCAGAUGUGCACCAUGACUGAGACUGUUGUGUUGAGUGACGAUGUUCCGCGAUUUCCAGUGCAUGGGGUAAGCUGAUUGACAUCCCCGUGCUUACCGUACCCAAAGAAAUAAAGCACAAUCUCUUCCUCACUGAUUUUCGAGCGCCACUAUAUGAAAUACUGUAGCAAUAUUAACAACAUAACGUUUUUCACAUAUUCCCUUUUAUUACCUGCAAUUGUUUGAGCAAAACGAAAACUACAAUUGGCUCGAUAUCAGCAGUGAAAAAAUAAAGCUAAAUCGUUGAGAAAAUAAACGGAGAAGAAAACUGAAAAAAAAAAAUGGUAGUAUCGAUGCUGUUGAUAUUUGACUGGAUCCUCCCACUCCCUACUCUGCAACUAUAAUGUUAUUAUGUGGUUUGUGAGAGCUUGGUCAUAUUGGCUAUGUGGGAGUAUUUCAUAAAAACAAAUCUCCUUUGUUGGCAUGUCUCACAAAAAAAGAGAUUGAAUCUAUUCAAUUUUUUAGCCAACAUUUGAGAUAAAUCAAGGAUAAAUUAAAUAAAAUAAAACUAAAGGGACGCUCUGCGGGUGCCUGGGACUCUUGAUGGUACAAUGGACUUUAUUCUGUGUUCCUCAGAGUGUCUUUGUUCCAGGAUGGGUGUACAGAAUCCCAUUAGUGAUAACCUUAGUACAAACGAUAUGAACCAUGACCAUGUAAAUAAGAUAAAACAAAGCAUUAUGGAAUUGCAGACCUCUUUUGUUAGCUGAGUGAAUUCCAAUUUGAGAAUCUGCAGUUGAAUUGAAGGCGCUUUGAGUCUGUUCCAAUCCUUUGGGAUGAAUGCCGUGUUGUUGCAGACAGCGUUCCAGCAAGGCUUUGACAUUCUACUAGUUAACGGACAGCAGUAGAGACCUCUGGGCCAUGACACACAUUGGCAGCCAUACAAAUUGUCUCACAUGGACAAUUUCCUUGUCCCGCUACAUCAAACGCCUGCACUGGGGUCUGACUCAGGGAGAAUAUGUUGAGGAAAGAAGUGACAAAUGUGAUUUAUUGUGUUGAUGAGGUUCCUUUUUG